CGAAGAAACAGCAACACACACCUCCGGUCACUCUCUGGUCUUUCUCCCGUCUCGCUCUCGUGCACUCUCUGGUCUUUCUCCCGUCUCGCUCUCGUGCACUCUUCACCCAGCACCAUGAGUCGCUACGCGUCCUCCUCCGCCGCCCAGUCCUCCUCCUACCGCCGCACCUUCGGCAGCCCCGGCUUCGUGUCCACUCCGGCCGGACGCAACCUCUACGGCUCGCACACCUCCUUGGGAGGCCUGGGUGGGUCGUCCGGCGGGGCCCGCGUCUCGUCCCGCGUCUACGAGGUCCACAAGACGUCCACCGCGGCCACUCCCGGCUACGGCGGCUCCUAUCGGGCCUCAUACGGCAUCCCGGGGCUGACCUCUGCGUCCGCCGCCUCCGCGGGCCGCUACGCCGGCAUGGGCGAGACGCUGGACUUCAGCCUGGCGGACGCGCUGAACCAGGAGUUCCUGGCCACACGCACCAACGAGAAGGCGGAGCUGGCGCACCUGAACGACCGCUUCGCCAGCUACAUCGAGAAGGUGCGCUUCCUGGAGACGCAGAACCAGGCGCUGGUGAUCGAGAUCGAGCGGCUAAAGGGCCGCGAGCCCACGCGCAUCGCCGACCUCUACGAGGAGGAGAUGCGCGAGCUGCGGCGCCAGAUCGAGAUGCUGACCAACCAGAGGUCCCGCAUCGAGCUGGAGAGGGACAACCUGGCCGACGACCUGGACAAGAUCAGACUCAGACUACAGGAGGAGAUUUUACAAAGAGAGGAGGCGGAGAGUAACCUUACGGCUUUCAGAGCAGACGUGGACGCGGCCACCUUGGCCCGCCUGGACCUGGAGAGACGAAUCGAAACCCUUCAGGAGGAGAUCUCCUUCCUAAAGAAGAUCCACGAAGAGGAGAUCCGUGAGCUUCAAUCCCAGAUGCAGGAGACUCAGGUGCAGAUCCAGAUGGACAUGUCUAAGCCAGAUCUGACCGCCGCUCUGAGGGACAUCAGAGCCCAGUACGAGGCCAUCGCCGCCAAGAACAUCUCCGAGGCUGAAGAUUGGUACAAGUCCAAGGUGACGGACUUGAACCAGGCGGUGUCGAAGAACAACGAGGCUCUGAAGCAGGCGAAGCUGGAGACCAUGGAGUUCAGACAUCAGAUUCAGUCCUACAUGUGUGAGAUCGACUCGCUCAAGGGCACAAACGAGUCUCUGCUGAGGCAGAUGCAGGACAUGGAGGAUCGUCACGGCCGCGACGCGGGCGGUUUCCAGGAGACCAUCACACGUCUGGAGGCGGAGAUCGCCAACAUGAAGGACGAGAUGGCGCGCCACCUGCGCGAGUACCAGGAUCUGCUCAACAUCAAGAUGGCCCUGGACGUGGAGAUCGCCACCUACAGGAAGCUCCUGGAGGGAGAGGAGAGCAGGAUCUCUAGGCCCAUGCAGGCCUACUCCAGCAUGAGCUUCAGAGAGACCAGCCCUGAGCACCAGCGCGCCUCCUCCUCUGAGCUGCACUCCAAGAGAUCCGUCCUUAUCAAGACCAUCGAGACCCGCGAUGGAGAGGUGGUCAGUGAGUCCACACAGCAUCAGGAGGAUCACCUGUAGGCAGCAGAAACUUCAAACAAACACACGCACACACACACAAACUAGGGGUUUCGUCAACUAGUUGACUAUUAAAACCACUAGUCAGUGCUAUAGGCAGCAGUGAACUAGUCAUAGACAGAGUGGCUAACGGCUACACAGGCUAGGCCUUAUAUGCAUGGAAGCACUUCACUGAAAAAGAGACCUGCUUCACAGUGACAUGUAAGUUGUGUAUUAAAGUACAAUAUGGAUAACCAUCAAAAGAUGAAACACCUGCUGCAAACAGCUAGUGCUAGCAGUAAUGUUAGCACCUGCACUGUACUGGCAUGUAACGACUAGUUGACAACUAUUAUGACUUGCAUUAAGACUUGUCAACUAGUAAACAUCAGUAGUUACGAAAGCCCUAACACAUGCACACACAUACACAUUUAACAAAAAGAUAUUUAACAAGUGAUGUCCAGUCUAAAUAAACACACAAGAGACUGACAACCUGCAUCCUA